CAGGGGAAGAAUGCAAGUCUUGAUGACAUGGCCCUUUUAGACAUUGUGUAUACUCAAGCUCAUCGGCACCAGAAGCUUUGGAGUGUCUUUCGGAUGAGUAAAGAACCAGGUGAAGAUGUUGACUUUUUUGACAUGAAACAGUUCCAAAGUUCCUUUAAGAAAAUUCUUCAGAGAGCAUUAAAAAAUGUUACAGUCAGCUUCAGAGUCGACGGGAAGAAUGCAGUGUGGAUUCGGGUUGCCUGGGGAACACAGUAUUCACGGCCAAACCAGUACAAACCCACUUUUGUGGUGUAUUAUCCCCAGACUCCGUAUGCCUUCAUUUCCACCAGCCAUCUGAAGAGCACUGUACCCCUUCUCCAUCAGGCCCUGAAGGUUGCUAGCAAACACCAUCAGAUCGUGCAGAUGGAUCUGAGAAGCCGGCACAUGGACUCGCUCAAGGCUAUUGUUUUUAGAGAGUAUGAUCAGACCUUUGAAAGUCACAACUCUACAAUGCCUCUACAAGAAGAAAGCCUUGGACUAGACCUGAAUUUGGAUUCAAACAUCAUUCAUGAAAACACAGAAGAAAGAGAGAGAAUCCAAAGAGUCACACAGGAGACCUUUGGAACCUAUCCCCAGCCACAGCUGGAAUUUGCACAGUAUAAGCUGGAGACCAGAUUCAAGAGUGACAUUAAUGGGGGCAUCUUGGCUGACAGGAAAGAACCUCUGAGGUGCCUUAUAAAGUUCUCAAGCCCAAACCUUUUGGAAGCAUUGAAGUCCUUAGCACCAGCCGGUAUAGCUGAUGCACCGCUUUCUCCACUGCUCACCUGCAUACCAAGCAAGAAAAUGAAUUAUUUUAGGAUUAGAGAUAAAUGAGAUACAUGUGACUUUGCUUGUAUUGUACAUGCAAUUCCAGUUAUGGCUGGCUAGCUUCUGUAUAUAAUCUUGUGUUUUAGAAAUCAACCUUUGGCAUUGGAAAUUCAGUGUUUUUAAUGUAACUGUUGGGAUUAACUAUGUCCUUCCUGUGUGCUUUCGCUUCUGUCUUCUACUAAAUACAGCAGCUGUAGGCAUUUGAGAAGUGAUAUCACACAUGCAAACAUACACCACACGCCCACAAAACACACAACACACAAAACACACAACACACACACACACACACACACA